CUCCUGUCCAAAUACGACCCCCAGAAGGAAGCCGAACUCCGCAGCUGGAUUGAGGGACUCACAGGCCUCUCCAUUGGCCCUGACUUCCAGAAGGGUCUGAAAGAUGGCGUCAUCCUAUGCACACUCAUGAACAAGCUGCAGCCGGGCUCCGUCCCCAAGAUCAACCGCUCUCUGCAGAACUGGCACCAGCUAGAAAACCUCUCCAACUUCAUCAAGGCCAUGGUCAGCUAUGGCAUGAACCCCGUGGACCUGUUUGAGGCCAAUGACCUAUUUGAAAGCGGGAACAUGACACAGGUGCAGGUGUCACUGCUUGCGCUGGCAGGAAAGGCCAAGACCAAGGGGCUGCAGAGUGGUGUGGACAUUGGAGUCAAAUACUCAGAGAAACAAGAAAGGAACUUUGAUGAUGCCACCAUGAAGGCCGGCCAGUGCGUCAUUGGGCUGCAGAUGGGCACCAACAAAUGUGCCAGCCAAUCUGGCAUGACGGCUUACGGUACCAGACGGCAUCUCUAUGACCCCAAGAACCACAUCCUGCCUCCCAUGGACCACUGCACCAUCAGCCUCCAGAUGGGUACCAACAAGUGUGCCAGCCAGGUGGGCAUGACAGCUCCAGGGACUCGAAGGCACAUCUAUGACACCAAGCUGGGUACCGACAAGUGUGACAACUCUUCCAUGUCCCUACAGAUGGGCUACACGCAGGGUGCCAACCAGAGUGGCCAGGUCUUCGGGCUGGGGCGGCAGAUAUAUGACCCCAAGUAUUGCCCACAGGGUCCAGCAGCCGAUGGGGCACCAGUCAGUGGUGACGGCCAUGGCGAGGGCCCUGAGUACCUGGCCUACUGCCAGGAGGAGGCAGGUUACUGAGCACCCAAGGGUGCUGCUGGCUCCCCACAUAGGCAUCCAUGUGUGGGUUUGGGGUUUUGUUUUUUCUCCUGUGUUUUCAUUGUGUUGUUUUGUUUCUUGAAAUUGGGCCUCACUUUGUAGCCCUCUCUGUCCUGGAACUCACUGCAAUCAGCCUCCUGCCUCAGCUUCCUGAGGGCUGGGCAGACAAACCUUUGCUAGCUAUACUCCCUCCUCGCCCAUCAUGCCUUGCUUCCUUCCCAGGACUGACCCACGGGUAGGGAACAUUGGGGUCCUUGAUGGGGUUAGACAGACUGAGGGUUUCCUAGCAGACUGUGGGAGUGGCUGUCCCCAAAGAGUUGCCGGUUUCUUCAUCUCUUCAGUUUGUGCUUUGUGAACCCAUGGAAAUUGCAGACAGUUUCAAUGAAAGAAAACUUGGGGGCAAAGGUAUAAAGGGUGCAUUUGAUUUCCCAAGACCCUCAGACCUCACCCUCCCGUGCCCAGCGGGGAAACUGAGGCCUGGGACUGAGGGAGGCCAUACCCACACCUGCUGCCCUCCCUCCCACCUCUUCCUGAGCAGGCCUGAUUAGCUGCGCUGAGCCCGCCCCGCCUCCAAAAGUGCUGCAAGUGACCACAGGCGCCCCUGUGCUGCCAGAUAAUGUGAAGUACCUUGUGUGGACCAAAAACUAAUAAAAACCUCUGUUUCUAAGA